UCUGUUGCUGUCAGAUGUAGAGGGGUGGCAAGUAAGGACAUUCGAAUCAGCUUCCUGCUCAUGGUCAACUGCAUGGCCCUAGUCUGCAAAUGUCAAAUCAUGCGGCUCAAGACUGGAUGGUCAGUAAAAGAGAUAUACGAUAAUGAACUCCAGACUUGUCCCGCAACUACCAACAUCACAUACCGCACAUUUGUGAACUGGCAUGCCACGGGCAGCAAGUUCAUUGCCAUAGCUAGUGGCGGUUCCAUCUAUGCGCUGGUGCUUAUCGCUGGACUUGGCCUCCGGGUUUCCGUUGCAACCAUGGUUGGCACUGUUCAUUUGCAGUUGGCAAACAUGCUGCGUUCGCCUCCAGAAGGCUCUCCUCAAAGGAAACUUGUUACAGAAUACAUUGCACCCACCAUCGCACUCAUGUGUCACACAUUCCCGCUCAGCAUGAACUCCAUGUUCCAUAGCGCAAUGAUUGAGAAAUUUGCGGUCCGCAGGCACAUUGACUGCACGAAUCUUGAAGUUUCAGACCGCUUCUUCGACACCAUUAUACUAAAUUCUUUUAUACCACUCCCACGCAGUCAGAGUGUUUGGGCUACCUGCUCCACCCCGGUACUAGCGGAUGUAUGCAGAGUUCCACUGCAGAGCUUGUCUGACAUUGCAGAGGACGAAAUUGACGAAAUUGAACACAUCAUCAUUCAUACAUCAUAUAAUCCACAAUCUCCCUCCAAUAAGCGCUUAAAGGCACCUCGAGAUAAAGCUCUCAAUGCCGAAUGGACUGUGAAAGAAAGGUCAUAUGCUGAGUCAGGUGAGAAGGCGGCAAGCAUCAACGACUUGCGCGGGAAGCUUGCACAGAUGUACUGCGGAGGUGUCAAGAAAUCACCUGACGCAUACUUGCGUAUCCCAAUGUCAAUUAUUCCCAACCAUCACUUAGAGCUAAGGAAUGCGGAUGGGUCGUUGAUGGCAUUUGUGUCAACAGGGCUUCCCCAUCAUAUCAGAUCCUUGCUCGAUGUGAACCUGCUGGCCGCUCUGGGAAAUCCUGACUUACUGCAAGGGAACGACUCAAGUUUACCUGGCGGCCAACCAUUUCAGGCCAUGCACCUGUCAUGGUACAAUAGGCACUGCACUUCUGGUCAUGACGCCCCCUCCCAUGUCCAGCCCUGGUUGCUUGAGAAGGAGGGCAUGCGCACCAACUACAGCCAGAUGAUACCUUAUGUUUCUAAGGAUCUUCAGCAACACCAACAGAUUUAUGAGACCUUGACAAGGGUAUACGCUCAACUGUUUGAGUGGGUCCGAACUCUGAUGGAAACUUACUUAACGGAUGAAUUUGAAAUGCUCAUGGAGGUUGCAGCCACCUUACCAGGCAAUUGCACGUCACCCACUAUCCCUUUCAUAUCUCUGGUAAUCAACAUCAAUGUCUGUACCAAAGCCCAU